AUGCCUCCGACGAUCCCUAACCGUGGGGGGCCGGGCUCGAGCCAAGGCGCCAAGAGGCCGGACUUGGGAGGGAAGACCAUCGGUGGCGGCACGAAGCGACACCGCAAAAUUUUGAAGGAUUCGAUACAUGGGAUAACGAAGCCUGCUAUCCGGCGAUUGGCUCGACGUGGAGGAGUCAAGCGUAUCUCUGCCACGGUUUAUGACGAAACGAGACUUGCGUUGAAGACUUUUCUGCAAGGGGUUCUUCGCGAUGCUGUGACGUAUGUUGAAUACCGGCGAGCCAAGACGGUAACCUUGGAAGAUAAGAAGAAGAAGAAGCCAAGCUGA